AUGGCUCUUCAAACGAACAUAGACACUUUCACUGCGGACGAAGGUAUCAUACUGGAGCGAACCGCACCAUACACAUCUGCUCAGAAUGGACCAGGGGAAAGGGCUGGAGGAGUCGUGUUCAACGAUUCGAGAGCAAUGGGGAUCGAAUCCAACUUCCCGUCCGACUUAUGGCCGGAGAUUACAGCAGCAUCAGUAUACGUUGGCAACCUGACUCCGCGCAGGAAGAUACAUUGGAAGAGACCCCAAGGCGUUCUCAACACGUGGCUCAAUGCCAACAGAGGAAUGAACAGGCCGGAGAAACCCUCAAUUGCACACCUAAAAAGGUAUGGAUGCAGGGCCUACCCUCUGACGAAAGAUUACCUCGCUAGCCGCCAGCGAACAGCCAAAAUGGCACCAAGAGCGCAUAUUGGCUAUCUAUGUGGCUACGACAGUACCAACAUCUAUCGAAUCUGGAUCCCAGCUUUACAACAGGUAUUCCGGACAAGAGAUGUCACCUUCGACGAAACUAUCGUCUACGACCCAGCGGUAGAAAGCUCACCAGAUGACUUAGAACUGCUCAGAGCACAGGCUGGUCAGCUAGAUCUAGUCGAUCUCAACCUUGAUAUUGACCUCACGAUCGAGGCAGUCAUGAGUGAUUCAGCCCAUCUAGGGAGCAUUGCAAGCCCACCCGCAGCAUUAGCUUCUGAAUCCCGACAAGCACGACAAAGCAACUCAACAAAAAGUUGUCCAGAUCAACAACCAUAUAACUACGGAUCUGAUGGCUCUGAUACCAGCCUGGAUAUCUCUGCAGCUGGGAGGGUGGAAGCCACAGAACCCACCACAGACUCAAGCUCUCUGAUAAAUCCUUCGUCUUCCCCUGACACUACUGGAGGAGACAAAGAAUCAGACCACAUUUCAGAUAAUCAAAAUUCCCACGAGGAGAUUCUUGAUACCAUCAUUGUCAGAACUGAUAGUGACACCUCGCAAGACGAACAAGAAGGUCACCAGGCAAGCCAGAACGAUCAAACAGAUAGUGAUCCAGGUCAGCUACCUAGGGGGGUGCUAGAAACAGCGGAGGACUCCAAUGAACCACUCAGUUCAACCCCGGACGUCACUUCAUCUAACAUGUCCACCAACAUUACCAGAAAGCGACAACAACACGAUACUGCGCAAGGAGUUGAUCUAGCAAACAUCAUUCAAGCUCCAAGGACUCGAAAACCUAGCAGGAAAGCACAGGAUUACAACGAUAGCGCCUACCAGAAGGGAUACAUGGCAUACAUCACCACUAAUGGGUCUGCAUACCACUCUGCAAGCCUGAAUCACAACAACAAACGACAUAAGAGAGAUCUUCCUCCGCCACCUAGGAACUGGAGGGAAGCUCAACGACACCCGUUCUUCACUGACUGGAAGAAAGCCUGCGAGGCAGAACUUCAGCACCACUGGAACAUCGGUACGUGGAAGAAGAUCAAGUCUAGCAAGGUCAACACAGAGCAACACUUCAUCAUACCGCUAUUAUGGGUAUUCACGUACAAAUUCGACAAGCAUGGGUACUUGCAAAAGUUCAAAGCAAGAAUAUGCGUUCAGGGCAAUCUUCAACCUCCUAGUGAUUUAGAUACCUCAGCAUCGACGCUUGCAGCUAGGACUUUUAGAACCAUGAUGGCGCUUGGAGCCAGAUUCGGUCUGAGAUUCUGGCAGAAAGAUGCUGUCAACGCCUUCACAAAUGCAUGGCUAGAUGAAUUGGUCUAUGUCCACUACCCACCAGGCUUUGAGGAGUAUGGGCAAGUUCUACUGCUUCUCCGAGUUCUUUAUGGCCUCAGAAGGUCACCCCUUCUCUGGCAACGCCACAUCACAAAGACAAUGAAGGAAAUCGGUUUCACCCAGCUUCAAGAGGAUGAAUGCGUUUUCAUUAGAAAUGGAAUCCUCAUCUUUGUCUUUGUGGACGACAUCGUGAUUGCUUUCCUACCUAGCAAGGAGGAUGAGGCAAGAACACUCACCAACAAACUACAAUCUCAUUAUCAACUGAGAGACAUGGGAGACCUUCGAUGGUUUCUAGGAAUUAGGAUCAUUCGCGAUCUCAACGCCAGAAAGAUAUGGCUCUGCCUUGACAGCUAUAUCGAUUCACUGGUCACUAAAUACAAGAUUAAUCCUCAAGGAGGAUGGCCUCAAACACCUAUGAGUCCUGAACAGCUGAUUCAAUACAACGGCCAAGCUUCCAAAGAGACGAUCAACAACUAUCAGAGAAAAGUCGGCUCACUUAACUACGCCGCGGUGAUUGGGAGACCAGACAUCUCGUACACCACAUCGCGACUCUCUGAAUACCUUCAGAACCCUGGCCCAGACCACAUCGUAGCAGCAGACAGAUGUAUGGCAUACCUGGCUCGAACGAAAGGACUUGCAAUCGAGUACGACGGAUCUGCCGAAGGAAGACUCUACUGCUCCUCAGACGCUGCCUUCGCAGACGACCUCAACACUCGAAGGAGUAGUCAAGGGUAUGUGACAAUGCUUUUUGGAGGCCCUAUCGACUGGAAAGCCACCAAACAGAAGUGUGUCGUCACCUCAUCAACCGAAGCAGAGUUGAUUGCUCUCACCCAGGCAACUCGAGAGUAUAUCGCCACGCUCAGGCUGAUGAAGGAGUUAGAGAUCCAACCCGACGGAUUUCCAACCAUACUCUGUGACAACCAACAAACUCUUCGUCUCCUCACUGCUGAGAAACCUCAUCGGGUCUCGAAGUUGAAACACAUCGACAUUCAGAACCUAUGGGCAAGGCAAGUGUGUCAGAAAGGAGAUAUCAACUUCCACUGGAUGGAUACAAACCACACUAUUGCCGAUGGGCUCACGAAGCCUCUCAACCGUGUUAAACACGCCGAUUUCGUUCGUUCACUUCGUCUCGUUGACAUCACUCACCUGCUGGGACAGGAAGAGGAGUGA